AUGGAUUCAUCUCCUAUUUCCACUCCUCCCCGUUUCACCUCUCCUCCUCCUUCUCCCAGUCCUGCCUCUCCCAAGCAGGCCUGCUCUAUUUCCGUUGACCCGAGCAUUCCCCACCACGACCUGGGCAAGAAUUACGGUACCUGCAAUUGCUCUGGUUGUACUGGCUGCAACCAUGAGGACUUCUGGAUGGGUGUUGGAGCGUAG